GUAUCAUCGUAGAAAAUUUGAGUCGAAGCUCGCUGAUAUGCUACAAAGAAUAGCAUUUGUGCACUCUGCAUGUGAAUAGCCGCACUAUGUCCUUAACGUCCAAACGUUGAAUUCAAUGUCUGCGUUCACAUCCAUUCGAACAUACUUACCGUAAACGGCGGUGACUUGCCAAAUUUAGACGAUGUGAAUAUGAAGUUCAUUUCCCGCCCAUCCAUUUUUUUCUGCGUUUCUUGCCUCUUACCACAACUACAGCAUGUCUUCUAGUAACUAUUUCGCACGUUUCCCUGUCGAACUAUAUCUCAACAUCCUAUCUCUUCUAUCUCCAAGCGAUCUGGCAUCGCUUGCAUGUGUUUCCUCGUCUUUCUGGAACGCGACUCAACCAGAGCUCUAUCGCAACAUCUAUCUCAAUGGAUGCGUCAGUCGAGCCGAAAAAUGUAUCCGAACGCUCUCAAAUUCAACGAUUGGUUCGGCCGGGCUUGUUAGACAAUUCUCUCUUUUGUUGCCGGAGGACGAUCUCAAGGAGGACAACAAGAAAAAGCUGAAGAGCCCUCAGUUCUGGAAGAUGCUGAGUCGAGCCCUGACUUGCAUGGAUGGAGUGCGAGAAGUGGGCCUCGAAUGUCCUUUUCACCCAGAUCUUCUUGCUGCUUUGCUCUCGCCCAUGGAUCACCUUACCACGCUGUCCCUCAUCUGUGUUGACGAUUACUCCAAGUGUGUCUCUUCUACGGAUGACUCAACCGGUACCUUUGGGAUCCUUCCUGAUCUCAAGGCGAAGCUGCCAUCGCUCAGGCAUCUCGAAAUUCAAGUGCAAUUCUUUGUGGACCCAGUUAUACGUGAUAUCUUCCACGGCAUGGUUGCUGACCAUGCUGAACAACUCCAAGGGCUCUCUCUCUACAUUCGUACAACCAAGGAUAACGAAUUCACCGGUCUCUUACCUGAGGACAUCUGUCUACCCAAUCUCCGCAUCCUAGCAGAUUUGCCACUUCCAUAUCUCACGCCCGCCCUUCCACGUCAAAUACCAAACAUUACUACCCUCACAUUCGCCAGUAUUCCAUUUGGCCCUAUCCCAACUCUUAGUCUAUCUCAUGCUUUUCCGACUUUGGAGAAGAUAGAAACGUCCUAUACCGUAAUGCCACUCUUCUCGACGUCUCCCAGGUCGUUGCAAUCAAUCGAAAUACAUCCCGGAAUGGAUACCCAUUGGGAGGACGUUCGAGUUGCUGUAAAGUCGCUCAUCAACUGCGCUCCCUCUCUCCGCAUCUUGCAUCUUGACUUGUUCAUGCUUGGAGCUCCUCUGAAUGAACUGUGGACCCUCAUGCCACCUCUUUCCUCCUUGGAAAGCAUCUUUUUUAGAGUUGCUCCGGACUGGUCCAGUUUCGAUUUACGAUAUGCGUUAGAAAUUCUUGUCUCCGUGUCUGAAGAUCUUUUCCCUCGCCUGCCUAACCUUCGAACAUUCACGUUCCUCGAAGGCUGCCCUACCUUCCCGUUGUCAUCCUUUAACGAGUUUGCCACUCUCAAGGUUCAAAGACAUAUGUUGGAUCAUUGGGAACAAGUCGGCCUUCCUGGUUCUUUGAGCGAAGUAUCUUUCACCUCCAGCGUCAAGUGGUCGAAGCGGGGUCGUGAUUGGGUACCACGGUCAGCGGUAGGAGAGUUUAAGCAAUGGGAGAUUGGCAUUCAACCUGCGGUCGCAAGCAUCAGGAUUGAUUGACAUACUAUUGUCGUUCGACUUCUGGCAUGGCACCGUUAUGUGUUGUCUUCGAUUUGUACGGUGAUCCCAUUGUGUACGCUAAAAUCAGGGUAUAUAUACCAUCCAUUCAUUAC